UGCACACUGGUAACCGUCCCUAAGAUCACCCUCAGGACAUGGAGGCCUGUCCAGGAACUGUUAAGUGGGCUCAUGAAGGCGUAGGCUAUAAAUGUGUCCUCAGAUGAUCACUGACCAGUCACAGUUUAGACUCUUCGCACAUAGUGGAUUUCAUCUUUGUGGAAUAGAUACAUUGAAGGAUUCGUGCAUACCAGAUUAUGAAUGAUGGCUGGGGCUGUCCACCCAAUUCUCUCAGUUUGUCCCUCACGGGCACUCUUUACCGAGAAGUUCCGGGUGCUGGUGGAGAAUCUGCCUCCUGGUCUCUCAGUCACUUUGCACUCUCUUCACUGCUCUGAGGUGAAGGAUUAUUGGGAGGCAUACGGACACUAUGUCGCUGACAAUAAAGGGACUGUCGAUGUUUCACUAGAGGCUAGUCUGGGGGGAACCUACACAGGAAAGGAGCCGAUGGGUUUACUGUGGAGUAUGAUCCCUGUGCCAGGAUCUAAAGAGCAUGCAGUUUUGUUCAAGGUUGACGUGGAGAUACCACAGGAGGUGCUCAUCUCGGUGUUUCAGGGCCACCUCUCUGAAGGCUUCAGGCAGAAGCCUCCCCUGGCCUCAGUGGUGGCCGAGAGGUGGUCCAUGGCACCGGGGCUGAAGAGGAUCAGAGUGCAAGAGAAGGAGAUUGAGGGCAUCCUCUUCAUCCCUCCGGGUCCUGGACCCUUUCCGGGAGUGCUUGAUUUAUGGGGCUAUGAAGUGGAGCUGACGGAGUGCCGUCCCGCAAUGCUUGCGUCUCAAGGUUUUGUAGCCUUUGUGGCCAAAUACGUCAUUCCUGGAAGAGAAUUGAAGAUGGACUAUUUUCUGAGGGCGUUUGAGUUUCUUCAGGAGCAUCCGCUGGUGAUCAGCAACAGAGUUGGACUCAUUGGCCUAUCUCAGGGUGCAAUCGUGGUUCUCAAUAUGGCAUGCCGCACCGAAGCUAUCAGUCCUCGCUGCUGUGUCUCUAUCAAUGGCAGCCACUUAUUGAUGGAAGAGUCGGCCGUUACAUUUUGGAAGAAACUCUUUAAAAUGAAGGAACACACCAUUGUGCGAAAUGAGCAGAACCAUGUAACAAUGCGCGGUUUGACACUACCUCUCCCAAAUGAAGCAACUAUAAAUAUGGAAAAUAUAAAUUGUCCAUUGUUGCUGGUUGUUGGGGAAGGCGAUCUUAAUUUCCCAUCUGCAGAAUGUGCUGAGUUGAUGGCAAAGAGGAUGCACACAGCGGGCAAAGAGCACCUGUUGACCAUACUGAGUUAUCCAGGUGCCGGACACAUCAUCCAUUUGCCCAAUAGCAACCUUGUCCAGGUCUCCCGUUACUGCUUACCAUGCUUCGACCAGCGCGAAACGAUGCUGUGGGGAGGACACCCAAAACCUCAUGCAUUUGCUGAGGAAGACAGUUGGGACAAGAUCUUGGCCUUCCUCAAGCAACAUCUGUACCCUGAUCCUCAAAGUGACCCCGAUGCAGCGCCGUGAAUGUACAGACAGCCGCCAUGGCUUUUGGUGGCAGUGCGUCUGAUCGAGACUAUCAGGUUUUGCUGUGAAUGUGUGAUAUUUCUUCUCCUAAGGUGUCCCAUAUCUCAGGGAUGGGAUGUGCAAAGUGUUCUUGUACAGGGUUAAACUAUUUUAAAAGUCCCCAGGGAGACAAUCGAUCGGACAAUAAAUCCAACCAAUGAUUAGAUCUAUGGUGUAAUAUUUAGCUCCACCCCUUUCACAAUCACAAACACAAAUGCUGCAGGGUACUUCACAAACUUCAAAUUAUUCGAUUAUCAUAUCUAGACCAGUCUGUAGCCAAUUAUAAUCUGUAGUUUGGUAUUUUUUUAUAUAUAUGCUAUUGUGUGUUAUUAUAUAUAUUUAUUCUGUUAUGUCUGGGUAAUUAUAUGCAUUAUAUUAUGUGUGGGAAUUUAAAUGGUCAAUUUAUUUGUGAGGUGAUGUCCCAUAGGUGCAUUCUUUAUAUGUAUUAUAUAUUCUAGUUGAUGGUUUUCUCUGUCCCCUGUCUCAGGUGUGGGGCACCACGGGGGAGUUGUCUAUAAGGGUUGGGGUUUAUUCUGUUUGGGGUGGACAGGGGAGUUAUGUUGAACGCCAUCGGGCGCGGAGCCGACUACUGUGACCUCUGACGUGUUUCUGUAUUAUGAUAUUGUUCUCUUCUUCCUUAAUAAAUGUUCAUCGUGGACUGCG